ACACUGAUGAUUGACUUUACCUCACCACCACCAUCUCCCCUGCCUUUGAUUAUUUUCUCUCUACUCAACUUUUCUUUCCAAGAAACCAAACAAACCAUUUUCUUCAAAUUCAAAAUUCCCCAUCUCUCAAAAUCAAUGAAGAAAUCUGGUUUCUUUGCUGCCUCUGUUGCUGCUGCUUCUGCUACUGCUAUAUCUGCUUCCCCUUCAUCUUCUACCUCAAGCUUUAGCUGUAAUUCUAAUAUGCAUCUUUCUCCUGAGGAAGCUAGCUCAAACAAAGAUCAACAGAGAACAGCUUCCACAAACAAAUUUGCACCCAGGUUUGAUGGGUUGAGGUUUAUUGAAACUCUGGUCACUGCUCACAGAUGAAUUUCUCCUCCUGGAUUCAAAUCUCCACCAUCACUAAUUUUAACUAUCCAUCCUUUUCUUUCUGUCUUUUAUUUAGAAGAAAAGAAUGAGAAAAAAAAAGUCAUAAAAGAUAUUUAUUUUUCUUUUUAUAAGCAGAAAUGUUGAAGAGAAAACUGUCAUGUAUGGAGUCUUAGUUCUAUGCCAAUGUUCAAUUUUUGUUUUGUUUUGUUUUUUUUUUAAUGAUAAGAGACUUUUUCUGUGUAUUUUGGUUGCAUCAGUUAGGAGACAUCUGGCAGAAAAAUGAUUGCUUGCCAGAAUUUUGUAUUUUGGUGAUGAACAAUUCUAUAAGAAUAUGCCAUUUAGUUGCCUAUAAUUAUAAAGAAAAAAAAAUUAUAUAAUUAUUUUUUUUCAUCAU